AUAGCGAUGGCCGCCUUUGCUGGUAGCAGUAAGGGACCAGAACUGUCCAAAGCUGAAUACCUGAAACGUUACUUAUCUGCUGAGGAAGAUGUCAAGAAAUCAAAGGAGAAGGUUAAAAAGAAACGGCGUAAGGUUCCCGGAAAAGGACUUAAAAUAGUAGACGAUGACAUAGACUGGAAACAGAUGGUCAAAGAGGAGAAGGAAAUUGAAGAGGACGAAGAAGAAGCUCCAGUGAUUGCUGAGGUCAUUGAUGAUCGACCAGAGGAGGUGAAACAGCUGGAAGCUUUCAGAACUAGCAACAGAUGGAAAGUUAUUGGAGCUGAUGAAGAUGAAGACACAAGCAGGAAUCACCAUGACUCACCAGAGCUGUCAUCAAAGAGGAGACAUGAUUCUCCCGUCAGAAAGACGCGACAUGACUCUCCAGACACGUCCCCUCCCAGAAGAGGCCGCCACGACUCGCCAGACACAUCCCCUCCCAGAAGAGGUCGCCACGACUCCCCAGACACAUCCCCUCCCAGAAGAGGCCGCCACGACUCGCCAGAUAUGUCCCCUCCCAGAAGAGGCCGCCAUGACUCGCCAGACAUUUCACCUCCCAGAAAAAGUCGCCAUGACUCGCCAGACUUGUCACCUCCACGGCAACGUUCAGGGAAAUCAGGGAAGGUGCAAAGUAAAGAUUCAUCCCCCACAAGAAGAAAGGCCGGCUCAGCAUCGUCAAGUAGAAGACGUUCACCUGAGCCUCACCGGUCACCACUGUCAAAGAGGGCUCAGAACAGGCACGAUUCAGACUCUGAUCAGUCACCUCCUCGAAAAAAGCCAUUAAAGCGAGAAGCUUCAGACUCUGACCAGUCUCCUCUGAGGAGGCCCUCCAAAACAACACAAGGUUCUGAUUCUGACCAGUCUCCACCCAGGCGGCGGCCACAGGGUGGAAAGGACUCAGAUGAAGAUCUGUCGCCACCUCGUAGACCUGGCCAGUCACAGGGCCAGAGGAUGCUUUCUGGUGGGAAGGCUGGUCUGGUUUCUGUAGAUGUUUUACGGAAAGAGCAGGAGGAGAACCGACGCAGAGAAAGAAACAACCAGCCUCUAGAGGAUGAAUCCCGCAAUGCCCAGACUGUAUUCCGAGACAAGAGCGGUAAAAGGAGGGAUUUAGAUUCGGAGAGAGAAGAACAGAAGAGGAAGGCUGGAGAAAAGGCAGAAAAGGAUGAGAAAUAUGCUCAGUGGGGGAAAGGGUUGGCUCAGAGACAGAUGCAUCAGCAGAAACUUGAGGAUGCACUGCAUGAAGCCCAGAAGCCACUGGCACGUCACCGCGAUGACGAGGAUCUUGACCGAAUGUUGAGAGAGCAGGAAAGGGAGGGAGAUCCGAUGGCUGCGAUGCUCAGACGGAAAAAAGAACGCAGUGCAAAGACACAAGGUGUUAAAGAGAAGCCUCGGUAUAAAGGUCCAGCACCGCCUCCAAACCGGUUCAAUAUUCUACCAGGCUAUCGCUGGGAUGGAGUUGACAGGUCAAAUGGUUUUGAACAGAAACGCUACAUGCGAAUCGCAGAUAAAAAAGCUGGCCAGGAGGCAGCUUAUAAAUGGAGCGUGGAGGACAUGUAAUGGGAAUCAAAAAAGGAUGAAUUAGGAGCAGAUCUGAAGUGCGGGACUGUUGAACCUCUAUAGAAUUAGUUGAAACAGAAUAUCUAAUCUGUCCCGUUGAAGCAGCUGCAGAUUAGACAAUCUACUCAGCAGUACUGAAAUGUGGAUAUAAACUGAGACAGAUUUUGUUCAGCUUUCCAAAGCAGUUCCGUACUGUACAGUAGAUAUCGGGUUAAACUAUAAACAACUGUACAUAGCAGUGAGGUGACAGCAUCUUUAUGAUUUUUGUAAUAACUGGUUUAAUGUUGAGCCAACAGAGAUGUGUUUUUCACUGUUUUAUUAAAUAAUGUUUUUGUUAA